AUGGCGACCGUCGUGGCCGGCACCUACGAGCGGUUCGUCUUCGGCUACCAGCUCGACGGUCUGCCCGGCAGCAGCGGCGGCGGCGGCGGGGCGCCCGAGGUGGUUCGCUCCUUCACCCUCGACGCGCACCUCAGCUCUUGCAAGAGCGUCGCCGCGCAGGGCGGGUUCAUCGCGUCGGGCGGCGCCGAUGACCUCAUCAGGGUGUGGCAUCACAACCCGGACGGAGGUCUCGCGGACAUCGGCACGCUGAGCGGCCACGAGGGCAACGUGUCAUGCAUGCAGUUUCACGGCUCGGAUCCCACCAGGGAGCCCACCCGACUGGUGAGCGGUUCCGUCGACGGGAACAUCAUAAUCUGGUCCGUGGGGCAGUGGGACGCUCUCAAGACCAUGAAGGCGCACCGCGGCGGGGUCCACGCGCUGUCCGUGCACAGGAGCGGCCUGGUCGCCAUGUCCGCGGGGGCUGACUCGCACAUCGCCAUGUGGGACAUGAAAAAGGGACGAGUCGCUCACAAGACAAAGCUCAAGACCAAGCCCGAGCUCCUGGCCUUCACCCCGAGCGGUAAUUCCUACGCGUCCGUGGCGGGGACCAGAUUGACGAUCACGAGCGCGGAGACCGGCACCGUCUCUGGCGUUUUCGACGCGCCAAAGCGGGUGAUGUGCAUGGCGCAGGCUGGCGACGAUACCCUGGCGUGCCUCGGGUUGGAAGGCGGCGACGUCUUCGGCUACGACUCGAGGGCUCCCCCGACCAAACCCGCGUUCACGAUCACGAAGGCCCACCCCACGCGGGUGAAGUGCAUGGUGUUCCCCGUGGACGACGCCGAGCGCGGGCCCGUCAUGGGGGGCCCCGGCGGCGGGCCCGUGUGCCUCGUCACCGGCUCGUCCGAGGGGACCGUCCGUCUCUGGGACCUUCGCGCGGUGGGCGCGAGCGGCGGCGCGGCGGCGAGGGCGCGGGACAUGGGCGUGGACGACGCGAGGGACGAGCCGCUGGCAGAGGCGACGGGCGGUGGUAGGUUCACGUGCAUGGCGGUCAUGCCCACGCAGCUGCCGAAGACCGUCGUGGAGGCCAUCGGCGCCGAGAAGGACCGAGACCCGGCGGAGAUGAAGAAGAAACGGAAGGAAAUGAAGCUGAGGCAGGCAGAGAAGGCGAGGGAGAGGGCAAACGCGACACAACCCGCCCGCCAGCCACAGCAGAAGCAGCGGCAGCAGCAGCAGAAGCCGAAACAGCAGCAGAAACAGCAGAAACAUCAACAGAAGCGGGUCGAAAAACCAGACGACGACGACGAAGGCUUCGAAGUUGUCGCCGGUGACGAUGACGACGACGAGCCUCCCCGCGUCGCCAAGACCGCGGGUCCCGCGAAGAAACGCAAGGUGAAGGAAGCCUCCGGUGUGGGCGAAGAUGGGCCUCUCGUCCCCCGCAAGGCUGGGUUUAAGACUGGGAAGAAGUCUGGUGGGGGCGGGGUUGGUGGUAAAUCGUACGAGGAGAUUGCCACGGCGGCGAGACGGAAGGGAAGCGGCGUGAAGAAGGGCAAACCGUCGCGGGGCUUCGGCAAACCUUCCCGGGAUUGA